AUGCAAGGGAUAAGCAAACUCUACUUGAAGAUGCAUGAUGGAACAAUUAGAGAAUUGAGUGAUGUUCGAUAUGUACCAGAUAUGAAGAAGAAUCUUAUCUCAUUGGGCACAUUGGAAUCCAAGGGUCUUAAGAUCACCAUGGAUAGUGGAGUUCUUAAAGCUGUGUACGGGACACGAGUGGUGAUGAAAGGUAUAAGACUGAAUAACUUGUAUUUCUUGUCGGGAAGUACAAUUAUUGGUAGAUCAGUUGUCACCAAAGCUACUUACGCAGAUAUCACAGACACUACGAGGUUAUGGCAUAUGCGUAUUGGGCAUGCUGGUGAAAAGGCGUUGCAAGGAUUGGUGAAGCAAGGCUUAUUAAAAGGUGUGAAGGCAUGCAAAUUGGAAUUCUGUGAACACUGUGUGCUGGGUAAGCAAACGAGAGUGAAAUUUGGCACUGCUAUUCACCACACUAAUGACAUUCUAGAUUAUGUUCACACUGAUGUUUGGGGACAUUCUAAGAAUGCAUCUUGGGGAGGUAGCCAUUAUUUUGUCUCCUUUGUUAAUGACUUCUCUAGAAGAGUAUGGGUGUACACCAUGAAGUGUAAAGAUGAACUCUUGAAGAUAUUCCUGAAGUGGAAAAAGAUGAUUGAAACUCAAACCGAUCGAAAGAUCAAGACUCUCAUAUCAGACAAUGGUGGCGAAUACAAGUAUGAUCCUUUCUUGGAAGCAAAGCAUUUUGGGCUGAGAAUUACCUAUGCAAGUCAUCUUAUUAAUUGGUUGCCUACUGCUGCAAAUAAGGGGAAAACGCCCAUGGAGGUAUGGUCUAGUAAACCUUGUAUUGAUUAUAAGUAUUUACAUACAUUUGGUUGUCUUGCUUACUAUCAUGUCAGGGAAAGCAAGUUGGAUCCAAGGGCAAAGAAGGCUCUGUUUAUGGGCUUUAGUAAUGGCACGAAGGGAUACCGACUUUGGUGUCUAAUUGAGAAGAAAUUUGUUGUAAGCAGAGAUGUAACUUUUGAUGAGGCUGUUGUGGUUAGUCAGAACAAGCAUGAAGGUGAAACUAAAGCAACCAAGACUAGGAGUAGUUUAAAGCAAGUUGAGUUACUAAAGACUCUAGUUGUUCUAGUGAGGUCUGACGUUACAGACACUAGUCCUAUAGUUGAUUCUGAUGAUGAGGACGAGGAUGAUGAAGAGGAGGCAUCUACCUAA